CGCAAGUCCUGCUGGACUGUCAGAAGGCGUGGAGCACAACGUUUGACGGCUGGGUGGUUGGUGGGGACUGCGACAAGGCGAGCAAUGUCAUGUGUGAUUCCCAGGGCAUGAUAACGCAGAUAAGUAUCAUUGACGAGAACCUAAACGGCUCAAUCCCGGCUUCCAUCAGCAACCUGCAAAGCCUUACCAACUUAUUUCUAUGGAACACUCGCCUGACUGGCCCUAUUCCAGCUACUAUUGGCAACCUCCGUAAUCUGUCCAAAGU